AUGGAGGCGGGUGGCUUGGAGUGGCUGCUGGUCCCGAUGCGCCAGCUGGUGUCGUGGGGUGCUGCGGGGGCCAUGGUGUUCGGCGGCGUGGUGCCCUACAUUCCCCAGUACAGAGACAUCCGGCGGACACAGAAUGCGGAGGGCUUUUCCACCUACGUCUGCCUGGUGUUACUGGUCGCGAACAUUUUGCGGAUACUUUUUUGGUUUGGAAGGCGUUUUGAAUCCCCUCUUUUGUGGCAAAGCAUUAUCAUGAUCAUUACUAUGUUACUGAUGCUGAAACUGUGCACUGAAGUACGUGUGUCCAACGAGCUAAACAUAAAACGCCGCUCUUUUGCAGCUGCAGAUAGUAAGGAUGAAGAAAUCAAAGCACCUCCCAAGAGAUCCUAUCUGGAUUUUGACUUGAACUAUUUUUGGCAUUGGAGCAAGUUUACAGACUACGUGCAGUGUGUGCUGACUUUCACUGGUGUGACCGGUUACAUCACUUACCUCUGGCUUGACUCAUCUCUCUUUGUGGAAACGCUGGGCUUCCUUGCAGUGUUCACCGAGGCUAUGUUAGGCGUUCCCCAGCUCUACCGUAACUACCAGAAUAGGUCUACAGAAGGCAUGAGCGUCAAGAUGGUGCUGAUGUGGACCAGUGGGGACACGUUCAAGACUGUUUACUUCAUCUUGAAUCAGGCCCCUUUCCAGUUCUCCAUCUGUGGACUCCUGCAGGUUUUUGUGGACAUCGCUAUCCUGUUGCAGGUUUACUUGUACAGCUACUACCCUCAGAAGCCUGUGUCCCACACUGCACACCCAGCCAGCACCAAGGCCCUGUGAGGCACUUAGCUGGACAAGUUGCAGGUCAACGGGUGCUGUGGAGUCAGCCAUGGCAGCUCCUCUUCCGCUUGUAAAUACUCCUGUGUUGCCGAGUUGAAAGCAGAAAUGAGAACAAGGAUUGAAAAUCUGGCUGCGCUUCCAGCUCGGGAGGUUUUAUUUUAAAUAACUUGCUCUCUCUGUUUUCAGACUUAGCUGUACGGAACUGUUUCUUGGUGGGGGGAGGGGCACUUUAUUUUUGCAUAUGUACCUAUGAGCCUUAUCAAUUCACAAAUGUUUGUAUAUUUAAUCACAAGGGCUGGAUGGUUUGUGUUUUUAAUGCUAUUUAAAAAUGUUACACCACAGAAAUUGUAGGAUAUUUUGUCUGAAACUUUACCUAUUUAUAUAAUAUAAAGUCUGUAUAUUGGCAGGAAGUUUGUGGCAUAUGCUAGCAUUCAGUAUCUCCAUGAUGUAGGAAGAAGUAUUGAAGAGCAAAUGCAGGAGCUUUUUCUUUUCUUCAAGAAGGGUGUCUGGUGAGCAGAGAAGGUGAGGGCGGGAGGCUCUGCGAAGAGGUGAGCAGCCAGAAAUGAACCAGUCAUACACAGUAUAAAGCAUCAGUGUGCUAAAGAGUGAAUGGCAGCUGUUCACCCCCACUGCGAGGUCAGUGUGGCAGGCAGACACAUGAAGGAGAUGAUGAAGGGGGGUCUGAGUAUGAACGAUGCUGGAGCCACGUUUAGAGCAGGCACAGCCAGUCAAGCGGUCAGCCAAAAGGAGGAACUAGCAGGAGACUGCAGGUAACGUAGGUAGUUGUGCUUUGAAACGAUGGGGUUUGGGAACAGCCCGCCCUGCACUCAGGGGGCAGCGCUGCUCCUGCAGCUGUGCACAGGACAGAGCUGGGCUGUAGGAUGUCUUUCACAAACCAAGGGGCCAGCAGAUGCGUGUUGCCAGUAUUGCCAGGCAAGUAUUUCUAGAUGGCGAUUGAGCCACAAAGGUAGAAGCAACUCCACUUCCAUUGCCUCAAAAGGGGAAGUGAAAAAGUUUGAGACAGAGAAAAAGUCGUAUCCUAUGGAGUAGGACUAGCGUAUUACAGCUUGAUUUGUGGAGGCUGAGAUUCACGUUCUUGUUGUUUAAUGCCAGACAAGAACCAGUUUAUGUUUUGGGGUGUUUCUUGCAUUGACCCAACAAGGAAGGAGUCCACGUUCUCCUUUUUCUAUUGCUUAAGAUCUUCUAGGCUCUUAGAAGAAUUAGCAGCCUAUACUUAGACAGAGGGACUGAGAAAGCUGAAAGAGCGGAGAGUUUAUUUAUAAAUGUAGAUGUUGUCUGUAAUGGCUGUUUGCCAGCGUAGGUCACCGUGCCCUUUCUGAGAACUGCACAUGUCUAGCAGCUGCAGGUGGUGUGGACCCGCAGGGGGCUGUGACCAAGUCCCUGGGCUUCGGCCAGUUGCCGUCACGAAACCGCCCUGGUUGGUAUGAGGCAGCCAUAGCAAGACACUUAGUCCCAGGAACAGCUAUGCCUGCACUGCUCUCAUCUGACCACAGGCAAGGUGUUAGAGCCGGGACAGAUUUCUGAGAAUCUUUUUUUCUCCAAGAUUAGCCCAAGAGCUUAUGUUUUCUUACCGAUGGCAGCAAGUCUGAGGUUUAAUAACUUCAGUGUGUAAAUCAGAUACUUCCCCUACCCUGUUUUAUUUGGGAACGUCACGAUUUGAGUCUGGACUGUCUUCAUCGGUGGCAAACUGUCCUCUGGAGGGGAAGCGUCAGCAGGCUGCAGCAGUGGUUGCGUGAUGCUCGGUUGGGAAUGUCCGUCAUAAGACAGGGAAGAGUGGGCUGUCCCUGUGCUGCUUAACAGACUUGUGCCCAUCUCACUCCCCAGGUAGCCCCAGGCUGACAUCGGGGCUCCCACUGCGUGUGCUGUUUGGUUUUGGAGCUGACAUGUUGGUGGCAGAGGGCUGAGGCCCAAACCGGCAGGCUGAAGUCCUGCUCUGGGGCCAAGCCGUCCUGCCCUUUGGUGGGGGCACUGCUGGAGGUGGAAGGAAGGGUGUCCUCGGGAAGUCCCUCCUGCCCCGGCAGAUCCAGUCGGAUCUGCCUGAGUGAAGCAGAGCCGAGGAGAGCUGCUGUUCCCGAGGGCUGGGCACCGAACGCUCUGCCCGGGCACUGACUCCACGCUCUUUGUUUGAUACCAUACUCUUUUAGGCCUGAAGUGACCUUACAAAGACGAUGUACCUGGCAUGGCAGACUAUGAAUGUUUUGUUCCUCUCUUUUCUCCAGUGUUCUGGUUGUGUUACAGGAACAUCUGGGCUUUUGUCUUUUUUAAUUGAAAACUUACUUAACAACUGGCUUCUCCGGUAUGCUGCUUUAAUGAGGAUUGUAUUUCUACUGUAUGCAAACAAACACUUUCUUGUGUGUUUUAAUGGUCUGAAGUUUUUUUUUUUAAUAACUUGUAAUGGUAAGAUUUUUGUAUAUGGUGGUCUUUUUCUAAUAUUCUAUGAAACGGGGAUAUAAGAAAUAAAUGGCUCUGAAGAAAUAUACUUCCGUAUGUUAUAGCUUCACCUGGGAGUGCACAAUUUGGCCACCUCUUUGGGUUUGAACUACAGGUAUUACUGAGGAUAAAACAACUGUUGUUUUUUCCUUUUGGGACUCUUCCCUGGGCAGAUUCUUGAGCCUGUCAUCAGUACCUGAACCAGCGAGCCCUGCAGACAGGUCUCAUUCACACCAGAGCUGCAAAUGCUGGAGGAGAAGCCAGUGAAACCAUGUCUGAAGUCCUCUUCUGUAUGUGGCAUUUAGCAAGGCCAGGACUCUUGGCCAGGAACUCUUGAACUUCAUCUUGCAAGAUACUUUAGGGACAAAAUGUUACAGAACUUUGUUUUUGUUCUUUAAUUGUCAGGAAGAGUCUGUAUCAAUGAUCACCUCAGAGAAUAAGAAAUCAAUUACUUUAAAUACAUCUCUUUGAAUGUAUGGCACAUUUCAUGGGGUUUAUUUUCUCUGUCAGUUGCAAUGUUUUUUUAAAUAAAAAUCACCUAUUAUAUAUA